GGUACGGUGGCUCCCCACACUGACUGACACAGUAACCUGUGAGCUACUCUGCUCCUGCAGCUCACCUUCCAGAAACAUUGUGAGGAAAGCAAACAAACCUGGAUGGAUGGAUCCUUUACUAUUAAAUAUAUUUUAGUGUCCAUAGUGAACUGAAACGUUUCGGAUUUCGUGACUGAUCUGAAUGUUUCAGUCGCUCGCGCUGAAGAGAACGCGGAUUCCUCGCGCAGAGAAUCAAAGUCUCUCAAACGCACCGUUUAGCUGCACAAACAUGGAUGUUCUGGCCAAUUACAGUAUUUUUCAAGAACUUCAACUUGUUCAUGACACUGGCUACUUCUCCGCGAUGCCGUCUCUGGAGGAAAACUGGCAGCAGACAUGCUUGGAGUUGGAGCGCUAUCUGCAGACAGAACCCAAACGUCUGUCUGACCUUUUCGACGAAGAACUGGAUGGCCUCCUCACCCCCUCCUUCAUGAAGGAAGACGGUGAUGAAGACCUGUUAGACCCCCUCCUUCCCAGCCUUAACAACCCGCCUAGUCCUCCUCCUCCUCACCUCACUCCACGCAAAGAAACCAUCUCCUCCACUUCCUCUCCUGUGACCUCUCCAGACAUCACCUUAGGGGUCAACGCAGCCCAGCUGAACGCUGUAACCUCCCUAACACCUCCCUCAUCCCCAGAACUGGGCCGUCACUUAGUCAAACCCACCCACACACUCAGUGCCUCGCCCGACGGGACUCUCACGCUCAAGCUAGUGGCCCGAAAGGUGGGCUUGAGCUCUGCCAAGCUCGUGACGGCUCACCCGGUGCCGCUUUCUCCCCAGCAUGGCAGCAGUGGCGCACAGAGCGAUGGGGAACAGGGUGGCACCUUCACCGUGGGAGCUGGCGAGAUGGCAGAGAACAAGAAGAGGGUCCAUCGCUGCCAGUUCAACGGGUGUCGGAAAGUCUACACCAAGAGUUCACAUCUGAAGGCACAUCAGAGGACACACACAGGGGAGAAGCCGUACAAGUGCUCAUGGGAAGGCUGUGAAUGGCGGUUCGCGAGAAGCGACGAGUUGACGAGGCACUACCGCAAACACACUGGCGCCAAGCCUUUCAAGUGCAAUCACUGCGACAGGUGUUUCUCUCGAUCCGAUCACUUGGCACUGCACAUGAAGAGGCACAUCUGAGGAGGAGGAGGAAGAGGCGGAGGUGGCAAAAUGGCGAGGUGAAGGAAAAGACAGAGAGAAGGUAGAGGGAGAGAAAGAGAGGGGUUAUGGGCAGGAGCCAGAUACCACUCAAGCCGUUCGCUCAUCCCACCAGACAGAGGCCCCCCCGUGAGGGACCGAUAGAGGGGCCACAAUCGAUCGAUUAGACCAGCUCUUGAGUUUUGCUCGGCGAGAUGCGAUUCACUUCUGAAAGUCAGAGAUCUACUGAUCUGAGCAGUUGGUACGACAGCUUAUGUCACUCAAAGA